AUGUUUCCUACUUCCCGUGCGCUCCCCGUCCUCGUCAGAGCCUCCAAGGCCUGCUCGUGGUCCUUGAGACGAUCGAUCAGCACCAAGGGCGGCUGGAGCUGGCCAGUGGUCAACCAAGGCAACCGAACGUUUGGAAAGAUGAAAGGCCUUCAGGACGUGCUUCGGCCGGAAGCAAGCGCUCAGAGCGAGACGCAAGCGAUGGAGGACGAGGCCGCAUGCAGGGAAGACACCAUAGUCACGUGGAAGGAUCUGAUCCAUAGACCGGAGGUAGGCCAGCGCAAAUGA